AGGAUGCGCCAAAGCGCUCUUCUUGAGAUGUGAUUCACACCAAGGUUUCUCCCGGUGCUAUUCCAAGGCAAACCUGAGAGCUGGUGGUGUAGAUCGGAGAUGUUCAGUAGAUAGUAAAAGAUGGCAGAGAGAUCGGAGUUGAAGGUGAAGGACAGGAGCGGCGCACAGCACCAGAGAGCCAGAGAAGCGACACUGCGCCUGCGGGUCAUUUUCUUAGACGACAGCGAGCGAGUUUUCGAGGUCGAGCAAAAAAUCCUUGGCUGUGAUUUUUUUGGUAAGGUGUGUGAACACCUUAAGCUCGUCGAGAAAGAAUACUUUGGCCUGGAAUUCCGUCAUCAGAACGGCAACUAUGUGUGGCUUGAACUUUUGAAGCCACUGGCAAAGCAAAUCAAAUACACUAGUGAGCUGCCAUUCCGUUUUAUUGUGAAGUUUUUUCCACCAGACCCAGGCCUACUGCAAAAAAGCUUGACCAGGUACCUUUUUGCCCUGCAAAUAAAACAGGAUUUGGCCAAUGGAAGUCUUACGUGUAAUGACAAUAGUGCUGCGCUUUUGGUCUCUCAUAUAUUGCAGGCAGAGCUUGGGGAUUACAAUGAAGAGUUGGAUGCACACCACCUAGAAAAUAAGCAAUAUGUUCCAAAUCAGGAAUACUUGGACCACAAGAUUAUUCGUUUUCAUAAAAAACACAGAGGUCACACUCCAGCCCUGUCAGAUAUACAUUUGCUGGAGGUUGCUCGGAAAUUGGAUAUGUAUGGCAUUCGACCACAUCCUGCCCAUGAUGGGGAGGGCAUGAGGAUUAAUUUGGCUGUUACCCACCUGGGGGUGUUAAUAUUUCAGGGUAACACGAAAAUUAAUACCUUCAGCUGGGCCAAGAUUCGCAAGCUGAGUUUCAAGAGGAGAAAUUUCCUUAUCAAACUACACACAGAGGCUGGGCCUUCACGGAGGGACAUGGUUGAGUUCACAAUGGCAAGCAGAGACAUUUGUAAAACCUUCUGGAAGAUGUGUGUGGAGUAUCAUGCCUUCUUUCGUCUAGCUGAGGAGCCCAAACCAUAUCAAAAGUCAUUGUUUUCCAGCAAAGGAUCAAGUUUCAGAUAUAGUGGCAGGACACAAAAGCAACUUUUAGAGGGUGUUGGCACUGGGGAACACAGGCAUGUACCAUUUGAGAGGUCAAAAUUCAGGCUUGGCCAUGAAUCUCGGCAAUGCAAGUCAUCCCCAGACUUGCUUACUGAUGUUUCCAAACAGCUUUAUGAGCAAGCCUAUCAGUUCCCCCACCUUGAUGAUUCAAAGCAAGGGCCAAAUGUGCUUGCUGAAGGGCUUGUCCGAUCGUGUCCCUUGUCAAGACUGGCGCCCAGAUCUAGCAGGGUUGCAUCUCCUAAACAGCGUUCCAUGUCUACUUCAGCAGCAGAGCGUCAAGGCAGAAGCUUUCAAAGGCCUGGGGCAAGGAGACAUCAGUCCCCUAGUUCUCAGCACUUAGUCCUUCUCUAUCCCAACAGUUCUCACCUGCAAUUCCAUCCAGUGCUGCCAACUUUCCCUUUGGCAACUUACCCUUUUUUACUACAAGAUCCAACAUCAUCAUCCUUAGACCGUCUUACACAAGCUCACCAGGGUAUCAAGCCUAUGAAGUAUUUACCUAGGCAAACAGGACACUCUUUUUCACCUGCGUCCUCUUUGUCACCACCACAACGGCAACAGCGUCUGGAAAGGCUUCAACUCUCUGGAAUUGGAUUGGCUUCAUCUAGACUGUACCCUUUACCAGAGGGACCACUGGGGGUGGGGUUAAACAGAAGGCACAACAUAGGAAGAACAGAAGCUGGGCACUACAGUGAUGACUCUUCCUUUCAAAGUGCAUUACCUUCCCGGGCCUCAAGCCAACCUGAUGUAAAGUUCCAAAGACCUUCACUAGCUACUUCAGCUGCUGCAUAUGCCUCAGAGUUUCGGCCUCUAGGGUAUUAUCCUCAUCUGUCACAACACAGAAUCCCUACUAGGCCAACCUAUCUUCCACUAAGCCCUUCUCCUUUGCCAGAAAGACCCACAUCUUUAUGUGUCCUCAGCACAGGCAGUUACAGUGAUUCAGACUCAGAACUCUUUUAUCCAUGUUACUGUCCUGCUGUAGGGAAAGUGGUACAUUCUGGUCCGCUAGCACAUUUGCGGUUCUCAUCUGGAAGCCUCCAACUAGAUGAAGAAGAUGGAGAAGAUGGAGAAGAUGGAGAAGAGGAGAAGAGGAGAAGAGGACGAUAUGUGUGAUCAGAGUGAUGGGGAAAAUACUGAUCUUACCUCUGUUAAACUGUAGCAUUACUCUUUUAAAAGCAUCAGAAACACAACAUGAGAAAAAAAGAAUUCACUCAAAAAACUUAAUAAAGUUCUUAACAAUUAAGUAAAUGCUGUUACAAAUGUUAGAUAAUUUAAUUCUAGAUGUACAACUACUUGUAAUUAUACAGCAUGUCUAAUUUGGUACUAUGGAGUCCAGUCAGCAUGAUUGGUGAUCCCUUUCACUCUUUGCCUGUAUAACUAAGCAGAAUGAAUCUUGUUUGCCUCAGAUGCCAUUCAUGGAGAAAGGACUAUAAUAAGCAAUGAGAAUGGCAAUACUUUUCAAGAUUUCUUCCUUCUUCAUUCAACAGUAUUGUAUGUCAGUGAGGCCUGUAUGGGUGAAGCAUGAUGAAAGGUAUUGUAUCUGCCGUCUUCUUCUGGAAAGAAUCAUAUCCAUGGUUCUGACUGAAUCGUGGAAUCGGAAGCAGCCCAGAAUAUAGUGACUGUUGGUGUCAAUAAAAUAACUCCAUUAUGACCUGGAAUACAAGAGGAAACACAAGGGGCUACAUUUAGACCACCAUAUCAAGUUCUACUUAAGUUGGAAUCAUGACUAGAUAGCAGCUGGAAAUAGGAAACAGAGUGGAAUCAGGAAUCAAGCAUGGUGAGGGCAAGGGAAAUUACACAAACUACUCUUCUGAAAGUGAAGUGAAAUCCAAUUGCACAAAAAUGAAGACAGCAAUAUUGAUUUUUCUCCAUGAAAUAUCCAGUGCUAAAUAUUUAUUAAUGUUUCUUUUUGUGUAGUGUUUUAAAAAUUUGUUAAGAUGUAUGUCAUUGUUUGAUAAAUAAUAAUUACAUGAAAAUAAUAAAAGAUGAAAGUCAUGUAGUAACAGACAUUGCAGGACAACUUUGGUUAACAAAUCUAGUAUACAAUAUUUUGCUUGUUCAAAGCAUCCUUUCAUUUAGAUAGUGAUGCUUCCACAGUUCAAACGUUUACUUGCUUAGUUUUUGACAGAAACACAUUUAAUAUUACCAUUCGUUUCUUUUGAAGUCAAUUCAUUAUAUCAGAAAUAAAAAGCUAAGUUGACUGUGUUUAAAUCAUGGGGAAGAUUUCAGAAAUUCAUGCUUGUGAUUGAAAACGUAUUACCAGUAGCUAGAGGUGAGAUGUAACAAAGUACAAGUAUCAGUUCUUUAAUUAACUAUAUAUUUUUAGGACAACUUUUUUCUCUUACUCAUUACAUUUUUACACAAAUAUUUGUACUUUGUACUUUUUGCAUUUUUAAACCAAACUCGUUACU